GUGCCCGCUCGCUGCGCGCCGCAGCUGCCCGGGGGAGCGAAGGAUUGAGGCGGCCGCAGACCCAGGCGUCCGCUCCACGCGUGCUGCGCCCCGGGGCCCUGUCCAAGUUGGAAAGGGCGGAUCGCAGGCAGUAGAUGCUAAAAGGGAGAGAGGACGGACGAGGGGAGCCGGGAUCGAGCGGCGACUCCCAGCGCGGGGCUGGAAGCGAGAGCGCGGAGGAGGGGGAGCCGGGAGAGAGCGAGCGCGCGCGUUCCGAACCGGCCCGGGACCCGGCGCCCGCGGCCCCUGGGACCCCCGCCUCGCCCGCCCGCGCCGCCGCCCCGCCGCUCGCGUCUCGGCAGUUUCCUGAGCCCAGGGGUCGCCAUGCGCCCUCGGGAGCCCUUCGCGGGCUGAAGCUCGGGAGCGCCCCGCACUUUGAUCCCCUACUUUGUUGUUGGGUUUGGUUUUUCCCCACCCCGGAGAGCCGGGGUGGGCGGGGUGGCGGGGGAAGACGCUCCGCUCGCGUCGGCGGGUGUCUGUUUUUUCGGUCUUGCACUUCGGACCCGCGGGGCGCGCGCGGUUGGAGCCUUUUCUUUUUCCCUCCCCCUCUCUCCUCCCCAGCCUGAACUCUCCUGGUCCGGUAAACAGUACCUGAGCGUCCCACGCCCGAGACGCGGCUGCCCGGGCAAGAAACUUCUUGUUCGAAUCCCCACCCUCUCCGCCCCGAUCACCAGCCCGGCGCUUUGGGUUUAUUAUCCCCACCCCACACCCCGCUCCGAGCAGCGUUCCGUUCCGGUUUUGUUCGGGCCCCGGGGAGUGGGUGCCAUCGCCGCCCCGCGCCGGCCCCUGCCCGGCCCCGCGCGCGCGGGGCAGGAUGGUGUGGCGCUGGCUGGGCGCGCUGGUGGCCUUCCCCCUGCAGCUCAUCUACCUGGUGGCCAAAGCGGCCGUGGGCUCGCUGCUGCCCGCCAGGCUGCGGGACCUGUCGCGGGAGAACGUGCUUAUCACCGGCGGUGGGCGAGGCAUCGGGCGCCAGCUCGCCCGCGAGUUCGCGGAGCGCGGCGCGAGAAAGAUUGUUCUCUGGGGCCGGACAGAGAAGUGUCUGAGGGAGACGACGGAGGAGGUUCGGCAGAUGGGCACCGAGUGCCACUACUUCAUCUGUGAUGUGGGCAACCGAGAGGAGGUGUACCAGACGGCCAAGGCUGUCCGGGAGAAGGUGGGAGACAUCACCAUCCUGGUGAACAACGCCGCCGUGGUCCACGGGAAGAGCCUGAUGGACAGCGACGACGACGCCCUCCUCAAGUCCCAGCACAUCAACACUCUGGGCCAGUUUUGGACCACCAAGGCCUUCCUGCCACGCAUGCUGGAGCUGCAGAACGGCCACAUCGUGUGCCUCAAUUCUGUGCUGGCGCUGUCUGCCAUCCCCGGCGCCAUCGACUACUGCACAUCGAAGGCCUCGGCCUUUGCCUUCAUGGAGAGCCUGACCCUGGGGCUGCUGGACUGUCCGGGCGUCAACGCCACCACCGUGCUGCCCUUCCACACCAGCACCGAGAUGUUCCAGGGCAUGAGGGUCAGGUUUCCCAACCUCUUUCCCCCGUUGAAGCCGGAGACCGUGGCCCGGAGGACAGUGGAAGCUGUGCAGCUAAAUCAGGCCCUCCUCUUGCUCCCGUGGACAAUGAAUAUCCUCAUUAUCUUGAAAAGCAUUCUCCCACAGGCCGCAUUGGAGGAGAUCCACAGAUUUUCAGGAACCUACACCUGCAUGAAUACUUUCAAGGGGCGAACAUAGAGAUCGGAAGCAGAGACUUGCUCAAGGAGUCACGGACCUAAGGGGCCAAGGCACCCCAGGCACACACCUGGGCACCUGUCCGCUGGCACAUUUCUGCAAGGGGUGAGCGGAGCUGCUCAAGGAAGAAUCUGGCAGCUCCCCAGAUCAGCCCCAGGACCUUUGCACAGGACGGAUGGGUGUUAGCCCCCUCUCUCCCCAGGAGGAGACAAGAAGCCAGCCAGCAGCCACCUUGACACUUUGGUAUAUUUCUAAUUCUAUAGAGUUUAUUGUUACACGGCUUCUCAAACCUAACCAGCCUCAGCAGUGUGCAUAGACUUAUUUCCAGAAGGGUCUGCUUCCAGGAGUUCUGUCUUCCCCCGCCGCCCCCCCCCCCCCCCCCCCCGCCCACUCAGUCUCAGCUUGCACAAACUGGUUGAACGGCAGGAAUGAAAAAUAAAAAGAAAGAUGGCUUUUA